GCGGGCUGGUAGGGGAGCACGCAGCGUGCAGGUAACAACGUGCAUACCAAUGCUCGUUCCAUCCACGUCGCUCCGACUGCGCUGUCCUACUCGCACGCACGUGCACGCGAGCCGCGCAGGUCUGAGUCAAACCGGAGUGUACUACCAGUUCGCCGUGCGGACCAGCUAAGUCAUAUACGCUGUUAACAUAUACGAGUUGUGCGCAUGUUUGUUUGAGCGAGCGCAUUCCAAUCGUGCUUUGCGCGCUGAGUGUACCUGACCGCAGUAAAACUACUAAGGGAUUUUAGUUGAAAAAUAUCCAUCGUUGCGUUGCGCCGAGCGUUACUCCGUCCAAAUCGGGUGCUCUCUUUCAAUGCGCGCUGGGCUGCGGCGGCUGCGACGAGGUACGAAAACGCGGAGCGUGUGCACACACGGGCGGACCGGGGACCGGUUGUGUGGAAAAGUGCCGAGGAAUCGCGGAAAACUUUGAAAAUUCGCGCGCAAGUCAAUCGGCACGCUCGUGUUUCGGGGGCGGCGUAUGUUGUGUGAGUUUUUCGGCGAAUGCGCAUCGGACUUAAGUAGUGCAGUGUGCGUGCGGACGAUUCCACCGCCGGGAUUCAACGUGUGCAUCAUUGGAUUAUCUUUUAAUUAGUGCAUUGGGAUUUAACAGUGGACAUGCGGGAACUUUACUAAGGAUUUCGGAUUAUAUUUAAAACACAUGGUGGUGCACGGCGAGAAGCCUCGGUUAGAGAUGGUGGGGUCAUGCGUGCCGGGCUGUGCACGGUGAGCGCCCCUCUGGCCGCGUGCAGCCCCGCAGGCGCGCUACCCCCGGCCGCCCGCUUCCUAGCACUCCAUCUGCUGCAUCAGCAGACAAUCUACUUCAUCGUCCAGGCCAAAUCGCGCGUGCGCGAGCUCUACCAGCAGACAUGCCUGCACUUCGCCCAGCAGGGCAUGCUGGACACCGACUUGUUCGGCUUAGCACUCAUAUGCGAUGGCGAAUAUUUGUUUGCCGAACCCGAUAGCAAGCUAUCGAAAUAUGCGCCGAAAUCCUGGCGUUCGUCGCAUAGCCAUGGCCUGGACGCGAACGGGCGGCCGGCGUUGGCGUUCUACUUCCGUGUGCAAUUCUACGUCGACAGCCCUCUCCUGCUGCGCGACGAGACGACGCGCCAACAUUACUACCUGCAGCUGCGGCUUAAUGCCGCCUCUACUGCGGCCGCCGGCGAACAUUCAAUCCGACUCGGCAGUUUGGCGUUGCAAGCAGACUUUGGUGACCAUGGCGCCGACGCCGCUGCCUUCCGCCCUGAGGACUACGUGCCUAGCGGUAUGCGAGAGCCCGCUGUGCUGCGCGCCCUCGAAAACGCGCAUCGCGGCUUGCGAAAUGUAUGCAAGAUGGAGGCGCGUGCGCGUUUUAUCGCCGAAGCAUGCAAGUUGGAAGCGGCGGUGAAUGCGCAUGUCUUCCAGCUGCGCGCUUCAAAGCAUGAGCCUGCACCCGGCGGGCUCUUGCUUGCGGUGUGCCCACGCGGCCUACGCGUCUGCCCCGACAACAACCCACCCUCAUUGUUCCUAUGGAGCUCCAUUGGGAAGCUCAGCUUCGAGCGUAAAAAAUUCGAGAUUCGCACCGGGCAUGAAAAACUUACAUUGUACACAAGCAGCGAUGAGAAGAGCCGACUUCUGUUGUCGUUGUGUAAAGCAGCGCAUCAAUUCAGCAUGGCGGUUGCGCCACGACUCACCGAAGCGAAGAAAGAAGAGGAGGAGAUGCAGCGAUGGGACUGCGAUCAGCGGAUUUCGGUGAUAUCAAGCACAUCGUCCAACACCACGUCUGGAAUAGUCAGCGAUCGUGUACACAGUGAGGAUGAAUUGGAAAUUAUGAUCACAAGUCCACCAGCGCCAUCUACCGAAAGUCUAGCGAUCGCGCAUCUAUUGGAUAGCGGUCCUGCAAGUUCACGUACAUCGAAUGCAUCUGCAGUUGGCGCGUUGGCGACCUUGAGCUUGAAGGAUGAAGAAGUUCCCAGCGAAAGCAGUGCGGGUAAACCUGGGAAAUUCACUGGAUCACAAUGUAGUAGUUCGUGUAGCACUGUUGUUGUUUCCACGUCUGUUAUUCUUCCAAAAAGUAAACGGAGACCCUCUACUAGUAGCAGUCUAGAAUUAGGGUACUCACACACAGCGCAAAACUCAGUUGUAAGCGAUUCAACAUGCACCGAUCAGGAUUUACGCGAACCUGUCUACACCUCAGGCCCUGCACCGAGUAGUCACACCAGCGGCGUGUACACACUCAGCUCCAGCGAGCAGUACACAACACCCAGCGAAGAAUAUAGUACCUUAGGUGCCAUACCUCUGGAAGAAGAUCAAGUUGACGGCUAUCGAAAUCGUUCAAAUUCCAAUGUGAGCAAUUCAGGUUCAUUCCGUGGCGAUGGCAGCGACCCUACCGACAAUCAACAUACACUACUCUCCGCUGAGGAACUGUCUGAUUUGAUCGUCGGCAGGUAUCCUUCCUGCAAAUCCGGUUACAUUCCUAUACCACCCAAGCGUAUUGAUUCGAUUGAACCGCGUGCCAGACCCCCACCACCUCCAUAUCCUGCUGCUUUCGAUGAGGGGAUGUUACGAGAUCCACCGCCAUACCCCGAAAACCUGCUACCUCCACCACCUCCGGUUUACCCUUCGGAAGAGGUCACUGCCAGAUUCAUCACCACCCGCCCGCCGAAUAUCCUCACCGCGCACACAAGUCUUGUUAGUUCCUCACCUAGUUACUCCAGCGCGCCUAGCGUACCACCUAUUCCUCCGAAACACCCACGUUCUUCACUGGGUUCCAUCAUCUCUCUAAUAAUUAUCCUAGAUUACAUGGAGAUUAGUGAUUGUCAGACAUUACUCUGGACUGCUGCAUUCUGUCGAUUGUUAUUGUAUAAAAGUUCGUGGCACUUUUUAAGAUAA